AUGCGUUGUUAUGCCUAAUAUACCUCUAUGGCUAACUUUAUUUAUAUUACUUCUUGUAACGACUAAUGUAAGUAUUACUGUUUCUAUCUCAAAUUAUUCGCCUAAAAGUAAUGAUUCUUCACGAAAAUUUACUUUUCCUCAGAAAGUUUCACUUUUUACUGCAGUACAUUUUCAUACUUCACAAGCAAGUUUUCUACGUAUUCGCUAUCUGAAUCAGUCCAUCUGCUCACUGAAUAUAAUGGGAAAUGCAACGAUUCCAUGCAAAUGUUUUGCAUUCCCUUCUGAUCAGUACGAACUGCUAAUUGAUAACAAGUUAAUAACAAAAUUUGCUGUUAUUUCAAGCCAAGAAUUUUGGAACGUACCGAAAGAUCCAAUUCCUUGUAAAUCAUUACAGAUUGACUUUAAUCAUAAUUAUUUUUGUACUGAAUUAAAUUUAACUGUUCGAUUACAGUUUAGUCUAGAAAUAAAUAGCAAAAAAGAGAAUGAUCUCAAAUUUACGAACGAACUUGAGGUACCAUACAAGAAGUCAAUAACAUUUUCAUGUUACCAUUUUUGUCUUCCGGGCAUUUACCGGAUAGCUCUUAUCAAUGGUGACUCGAUUAUUCAGGUAAGCAAAACGCUGAGAAUCGCACCAACGGAGAAAAUUUCGAUUCUUCUUUCCAGACCGCACAUUUUCCCUCACUGCUUGGAUUACUUAAAAAUUAUGUGGACUAACUUAUCCUGUGCCAUCCCGAAUCUGGAAUUUAAGAUGCGGAUAUUUGCUGUUCCUGAAGGUUUUAACUUUGAGCAGUCAUACUACGUAGAAGAAUAUGAUAUCGAUUUAUCUCAACAAGCGUUAGAAUUGCCGUGUUAUCAGUUUGAUAUCAUUUACGCGCAAUUCUGUUUUCAAAUUGUAUCAAUACAAAAAGCUACCGCUCGAUUCAACGAAUGGUCCCUAAAGUGUGCAUAUGCAGAAAACUGUAAGUAAAC